GCAAUCUUACAUAUCACUGUAACACGAAGAUGACGAGGAGCCAUCUCCCAGCCUUCUCCGAGGAUGCAUGCUGGCUCAUGUUAAGUAUGGUUUAUGUAAUGCAAAAGUAGGAGCACUUUAUAGUUUAUACGGCAAUAACUAUUUUCUUAACACAAAUGGAAGGAUGGGCAUUUUGCCUUGCCUCACCUUGGUGGCCCAGCCCAAAGCCAUGCUCCACGGGGAAGAGGAGAGGAUUGAGAAGCUUGCGCUACUUUUGAGGGAGUGUGGGAAUUCUGGGGACUUGAAGAAAGGGAGACAGAUCCACGCCCUGAUCAGCAGCACAAGCAGCAACAAGUUCCUCUCUAAUUUGCUUAUACAGAUGUAUGGAAGAUGCGGGAGCCUGGUCGAGGCACGGGCGGUGUUUGAUUCGAUUCCCCGGCCCAACCUUUUCUCGUGGAACAUCAUCUUUACAGCAUAUGCCCAAAACGGGCAUCUGCAAGAGGCCCAAGCCAUGUUUGAUCGAAUGCCAGAUCGCAACGUCGUUGCCUGGACGACAAUGAUCUGUGCGUUGUCACAAUUUGGGAGCCUUGCAUAUGCAGAGCGUCUGUUUAAUUGCAUGCCAGAAAAGAACCUAGUAACUUGGAACGCUAUGAUUAAUGCGUAUGCCCAACAUGGGCAUAUGUUCAAAGCGGAAAGGACUUUCUACUCCAUGCCUAUCAAGGACACGGUCUCUUAUAAUCUAAUGAUCCAAGGCUACGCGCAUGAAGGAAACCUCAACAAUGCGGCCAGGAUUUUCCAAACCAUGCCUCUUCCAGACGAAAUCUCAUGGAACACGAUGAUCACAGGUUUUGCGCAGAACGGGGAACUGGAUCUCGCCAGGGAGUUCUUUGAUAGAAUGCCGAAUCCAACCGUGGUUUCGUGGACUGCGCUUUUGGCGGCAUAUGCACAGAGCGGCCAUCCUGGCAUAGCAAAGCAAAUACUUGACCAGAUGCCGCUGAGAAACAUCGUGUCUUGGAACGCAAUGAUCCAGGGCUACGCUCAAAACGAUCGUUUAGAGGAUGCGAAGAAGAUGUUUGAUUCCAUGCCAGUACACAACAUUGUGACUUGGAACGCACUGAUCGCAGGAUACGCGGAGGAUGGUCAUCACAAUCAAGCCAGCAAGAUCUUCCAAACAAUGCCCAAGAGGGACAUUGUCACUUGGACCACACUUCUAUCAGCCUUUGCGCAAGCUUCUCAGGUGGAUGACGCGAAGAACUCUUUUGAUGCAAUGCCGGAGCACAACAUGGUUUCUUGGAACACAAUGCUCCAAGCUUAUGCCUUAAACGGGCAUAUCGAUCUAGCUGCCAACUUGUUUAGCUCUAUGCCCUUCCGGGACGUAGUUGCUUGUACGGGCAUGAUCCAAGCAUUUGCUCAAGCCGAGAACCUUGACGAUGCCAAACUAGCCUUUGAUCAAAUGGAGAGUCACAACGUCGUUUCAUUUAACGUACUUCUCCAAGCGUAUACCCAGCUUGGGCAUCUGUGUGAAGCAUUAGCAUUGUUUAAGACAAUGCCAGAGUGGAGUGUGGUGACUUGGAACACGGUAAUACAAGGUUACAUUCAAGAGGGAGACCUGGAGAGUGGAAGACAAUUGCUUGAUGCCCUGCCUGUAAAGGACGUGGUUUCGUGGACAGCCAUGGUUGCAGCAUACGCCCAAAGAGGGUACAUUGAGGAAGCUAGAGUGCUGUUCGAGAGGAUGCCUGUGUGGAGCGUUGUCACUUGCAAUGCAAUGAUCUCUGCAUAUCCAGCCCUGCUUAGCGAGUCACUCGCCAUCUUUGUCACAAUGCUCGAUCGAAACCUCAUCACCUGGAACUCGAUGCUGGAGAUUUACGCACAGACCGUUCCAGCAGUGAGGAGAGUGGCGGCUGUUUUCAGAGCGAUGCCAGAGCAAGACGUAGCUUCGUGGAACACACUGAUGGCGGCACAAGCUCGAGCUGGGUAUGGCGGAGUCACUGUAGAGCUCUUUCGAGAGAUGACCCUCCAAGGCCUCGAGCCAAACUCGGUCUCCUUGGUGCUGCUGCUCAACGCUUGCAGCCACAAAGGCCUGCUCCACGCUGGCAGCUCCCACUUUCUCAGGAUGAGGGACGACUUCGGCAUUGCUCCUUCGUCGGAGCACUACUGUUCGUUGAUCGAUGUUCUCGGGCGGGCUGGAGAGCUCCAAAAGGCAGAAGAACUUAUGAAUGCAAUGCCAUACCUGCCUAGCUUUUCUGCAUGGGGAGCCUUACUCAGUGGGUGUAAGAUCCACAAUGAUGUUCGACGCGCUACGGCUACUGCGAAGCAUAUAAUCUGUAAGGUUGAUUCCACUUUUACUGUUCCUUAUGUGCUGCUCUCUAACAUUACCAAGUUAGCAGCAAGCAGUCUGUAAAAA